UCCACUGCAGUGUAAGAAAGACAUACUGAAAACAUGUGACUGUAUCUGUAAGAAGGGCUACAAUGAUAACAUGAGGUGAUGAUGCAUUGAUGUCAUUAUCUCAGUUGAUUCAAGCCUCAUACCACCAACGAGUAGCCCAACAAACCCAGCAAUAAAAUAAUUAGGGAUUAACAAAUAUCAGCUGUUUUGGGGUUUGUGCAUGUAUAGAGUUAGCACGGGAUUUAUGUAUAGUAAUGUGACAUGUUGUAGUGGUGAGUUUAUUCGAGCAUCACAUUCUCUUCUCUCCUCUCUUUUCCCCUCCAGGCUAAAGAUGGUGGCUAUGAGAGCGAAAUUUUCUAUCCCAAUGCGGAACUGAAUUUCCUGGAGAUUCCCAACAUCCAUGUGAUGCGGGAGUCUCUGUGCAAGCUGAAGGAGGUGGUCUACCCCACCACAGAAGAACUUCACUGGCACUCUGCCGCCUUAUAGAAUCUGUUUUGCUUCUGUAUGGGGUAAUAAAGUGUAAAAUACAGAUCAUUCACCAUAAUUUAAUAUAAAAAUCAGUUACAAAACACAUAAAAGUCACAACAUCCACUCACCGUGCACUUAAAUAGGAACACCUGCUCAUUUAUACAGUUAUCAGCUAAUCAUGUGGCAGCAGCACAAUGCAUAAAAUCAUGCAAAUACAGGUCAAGAGUUUCAGUUAAAGUUCACAUCAAACAUCAGAAUGGGGAAGGAAUGUGAUGUCAGUGACUUUAACCAUAGCAUAGUUGUUGGAGCCAGAUGGGCUGGUUCAAGUAUUUCAGAAACUGCUGGGAAUUUCACACAGUAGUCUCUAGAAUUUUACACAGCAUGGUGUCAGGAAAAACCCAUAAAAACACUGAGUGAGAGACAGUUCUGUGGGUGGAAACAUCUUGUUGAUAAGAGAGAUCAGAGGAAAGUGACCAGAUUGGUCAGAGCUGCCAGGAAGGAUAUACUGUAGUAACUCAUAUAAUCACUCUUUAUAAGCGUGGUUAGCAGAAAAGCAUCUCAGCAUGCACAACACAUCAAACCAAACCACAGAGAUCACAUUUCCCCCCAUUCUGAUGUUUGAUGUGAGCAUUGUAUGCAUUGUGCUGCUGUCACAUGAUUGGCUGAUUGGAUAACUGCAUAACUAAGCAUUGAUAUACUUAUUACUCAGUAAUUGUUUGAACAGGUAUGCAUGUAGAGAGCAGCAAUGUCUAGCCUUAUUUAAACAGCUCCUCUCCUAAUCGAAGACAUUUCACAAAACAGGAAACAGAAGAACAUAAGAACGCAGAGCAUCUGUUUUGUUUUGUAGUUAGAUAUUAUGCCCUGAACAUACAUUGCGAAUAAUUAUUACAUUUUAAUUGUUAAGUACUUAUUUAAUUCAUUAAUGUCUACAUGUUGUUCUAGACAACUAUUUGUGAUACCUUGUUUGUGAACCCUUGUGUGUUGUGUUUUACUCAGUCAGUGAAGUGAUGGUUGUUUGACCUGACUGUGUGUGUGUGUGUGUGUGUGUGUGUGUGUGUGUAGCUGUUAUUAGCAGGUGCAGUGCGUAUAUAAUGGUAUAGCAGAUAAGGUUGAAUGUAGUAAGAGCUCGAUGGUGGUGCGCUGCAGUGACGGCUGGGACGGUACGGCUCAGCUCACCUCUCUGGCCAUGCUGAUGCUGGACUCGCACUACCGCACACUCAGGGGCUUCCAGGUACUGAUCGAGAAGGAGUGGAUCAGCUUCGGACACAAGCUGGCCUCGCGUGUCGGCCUUGGAGAUGAGAAUCACGCCAACUCGGAACGAUCCCCUCUCUUUGUGCAGUUCAUCGACUGUGUGUGGCAGAUGAUGAGACAGGUCAGCUACUGAUGCUUUACACCACAACACUGUUGAAUUCUCCAAUCUAAUUGGUCAGAAGGUGUUGGCGACAUUUCUGUAACAGCAAGAUUCUGAUUCCAGCUGCAAGGGAAAUUACAGCUUUAUAGUGAUGUUCGUGUUUCUAUAGUAACAGCUCAUUGACAGGGUCUAGUAUGGUGUACGCAAUACAUAGUCUAAGCUUAAUCGUAAACAUAUUAUAAA